AUAUUAAAGCAGCCGAAAACAUGAAAACAGAAGUCUCUACGGCUGCUGACUUCGUUACCAGUCUGGUCAGGAUGACUGGCCUUCUUACUGAAGAUCGUCUUCAUCACUUUAGCUUUUCCCUGCAGAAGACGCUACUUGAUUACUAUGAGAAACACUGGUUUCCCCAAGACCCUUGCAGAGGGUCAGGCUACAGGUGCUUGCAGAUAAACCACAAAAUGGACCCUUUGUUAAACAAAGCUGCCCGGGCUGUUGGCAUUACAAAGGAGGAACGUUUUGUCUUGUUUCCAUGCGAGCUGACAGUGUGGGUGGACCCGCACGAAGUGUCUUAUCGCAUCAGUGAAAAUGGAUCCAGUUGUGUCCCUUAGGAGUCCUUAUCACCUGCCACAGACACUGCAAACGUUCAAGAAGCCAGCUGUAAUGGGAAACUAAGAACUGAACAAAAAAUUCGUCAGAGUGCUUCAGUAUGAUGAAGUGAUUUUCAUGAGGAUGCAUCCAUUUUUUCUAUAUUUUAUUUUCUAUAUUCUAUGUAUAUAAAAUUAAUCAAUAAUCAAUGUGUUUAAUAUUAAUUUAAGAACUUUCAGCAUGAUAUAGUGAUUUUCAUACCAUUUUCUACCAUUGUUUUCUAACAAUAUAUAAAAUCAUCAAUUAAUGUUGGUGUUUUUUUGUAGCAGCUGCAGUAGUCAAACAUCUUAUUCAGGGGACGUGACACAAAUCUGUA